CUACUCUCCCCAUGUGUUCGAGUGCGAUUCGAAGAUCAUCAUACUUUUGUAUAUCUCUUUCCUCAGUGUGAUUUGUCCAGCGGGAUGUGCCUCAGGAGCGACUGUUUGGGGUACCGUGAUCUACACAGACGACUCAAGUAUCUGCCGUGCUGCUAUCCAUGACGGUAGAAUCACCAACAGCGGUGGUGAGAUCACUGUCUACAAAAUACAAGGACAGGACUCGUAUCUAGGGUCUGAGCAGAAUGGGAUCCAGACUGUCCGGUAUUCCAGCUGGGGCGGUUCCUUUGCCUUUACACGAGAUCCGCAAAUGCCGCAGCAAGACGAGCCGGAAGAACCGGAUCAAGCCACAAUUGACUGUCACACGGAGGCAAGGCAGUUGGAUGGACAGAAUGUCAGUGUAACCUGUCCUGCCGGCUGUCUGGCGGGUACAAGCACUAUCUGGGGUCUGGUCGUCUACACAGAUGACUCCAGUAUUUGCGGCGCGGCUAUCCAUGACGGCAGGCUGACAGACGCUGGUGGGGAGGUGACUCUCUACAAACUACCCGGGCUGGACUCGUAUCUGGGGGUCGAGCAGAACGGGAUUCAGACUCGUUCGUACGGCCGAUGGGAGGGCGCAUUCGCCUUCACGCCUAAGCCUAUUGUACCACUACAGGAACCUGCUAAAGAAACCGUGACCUGUCACACACAGUCAAGGGACAUCCCAGACGUAAACACAGGAGAAUCCUACACGGUUAACUGUCCCGCCGGUUGCGCUGAGAUGGGAGGCACUGUGUGGGGAAAAGGCAUCUAUACUGACGACUCUAGUAUCUGCCGUGCCGCUAUCCAUGACGGCAGGAUCCCCGCCAGCGGUGGAGAAGUGACUGGCUACAAGAUCCCAGGCCAGGCCUCGUACCAGGGUUCUGACCAGAACGGAGUCCAAACUCUUGGGUACGGGAGCUGGUCCGGUUCCUUUGCCUUUACAAACAUUACAGAAGCCUAUGUGACGACAGCCAUCCCACAGACGCCUGGUCCUACCCCUGCACCAGCCAGCCGCUCCAAACCGAAAGUUACCACCGAGGGGAAGGUCACCGUGCUCAAGUCCACCAACGUCACGCUGAAGUGCACGCUGAGAUCCCGACUCAGAAACACCCACCACCGCGUCAACUGGUACAGAGUGGGAGAAAACGGUACCCAGGGUGCUCCCCUGCUAACGUAUAUCGACAGACACGCCUUCUACAACAAACGCCGAAGUGCCGAGCUGGGAUUGGUCGACAGACUGGAGGCCGUUGAUGACCACGCCUCCCUUAGGAUUCUAAGGGUUAAAGGAGAGGAUUCUGGGACGUACAGAUGUGAAGUCAUGCUGGUGUCACAACAACUUUCCUACGCUGACGUCAAUUUGACUAUUCUAGAAUGUUCAACUGAUGAGAAGAAAGACCAGACCAUCGAUAUCGUCAACGAGUUGGAAGCUUUUGAAACAGAGGCGGGGAGGUCUGUGGACAAUGAUGAUUAUCAAGGACAAGGACAGGGGAUUGUGAUCAUCUCGGACACUGGAAGUGUAUUCACCGUUGCUCUGUUCACGGGAGGCAUCUUCUUCAUCUUGUUUGUGGUCAUCUUUGCCGUAGUUUUGUUUGUUUGGAGGAAGCGGAAGUAAUUUCUACACGUACCACAGAAUAUUUUUAGACCAAUUCAUUUUUAAAACAUCCCAAAUAAAUCCAACAAACGUAAGAAGAGUUUGAAGCACUCCAACACCUAUACCACGUAUUCAAUUCCAUAUCUUAUACGUACGCUGCCGUUGAUGCUAUAGCUUGUAUAAACCUUUGUACCAAGAAGAAAUAGAGAAACGAAGACAUUGAACUUUCUCUCGCCCGAUUAUGUGCCCGGAGACAUGCAUGAAAACGAGAGAAACAGUAAGUCUUUUAGUCAGUUUGAAGAAUUCAUUCUAGUUAUAAUGUUAGAAUCGUUUUUGCUGUUUGGACUGUUUUACAGAUAUCCUAAGAAGUUGAAUUGAUUUUGACAUUUCUGCAGAAAAUAUGGAUAAUGUUACCUUUUUGAUAUGAAUCACUGGAUGUCUUGCAAGAUGUUGCAUUAUAUACAUUGAUAGUUGUGACGGUUUGUUACUGCGGCGAAUUUCAGAAAACAUUAGAUUCACUUUUUAUAACCUGAAAUGAUACCACUUUUCUAGACUGUUGUUACCGUUUCUUGGUAAGAAAUGUUAAGUGAAUGUGUCAUCUAAGGCGAGCAAGACAACUUUGUACAGAGGGAAGCCUGUUUUUAAACAAUAAACCUGUUUGACGAGUCCA